AUGACGACAAUCGCUGGCCCUCGCGCAUCUGCAGCUGCACGCGACCCGCCGCCUCCUCCGCCUCCAGAAGAUAUCCCUCCUCCGCCGCCGCCUCCAAGCUCAGAACCACCGCCUCCUCCUCCGCCGAGUGUAGAGCCACCACCUCCACCGCCUCCGCCUGAGGAUUAUGGAACCAAUCUCGGACAACCGAAGAAAAAGAAGGGAUUCACCUCGCAGAACAAGAAACAACCACCCAGUAUUGACGAUAUACUAAAGGCAAAACGAGAGAAGGAGGCAGCAGCGGCCAAGCCCAAGUUCUUGUCGAAAGCCGAAAGAGAACGUAUUGCGCUUGAGAAGCGUCAGAAAGAGGUUGAUGAUGCGCGCAAGAGAAGGGAAGCUGCAAAUGGCGCCACGACUUCAUAUCAAAACAACGGGGCAUCGUCAAAUGGGUCUAGAAGCGCUGCGUCGGUACCUACAGGACCCCGCGCUAUGCGCGCGGAGCCGCCAAGCGGACCUGCAUCAAUGCGAUCGAAGAAUGAUAUGCCGCCUCCGUCGGUCCCAAAGCCUGGAGAUAAACGCGGAGGGAAGAGACCAGCGACGGAAGAUGCGGAGGCACAGAUGAUCAGACACAGAUACAUGGGUGCCGAGCAGAAUCAGUCUACAUUCUCAGCGAAGAAGAAGCGGAGACGGACGACCGAGAAGAAGUUCAAUUUUGAGUGGAAUGACGAGGAGGACACCAGCCCAGACUACAACCCGAUAUAUGCGCAGCGUGCGGAGGCCAACUUCUUCGGUCGCGGAACUUUAGGCGGAUUUGCAAAGGAGAUCGACCGCGAAGAGGGCAUUGAUGCGGCUACCAAGAAAUAUAUCGAAGCUAUGAUCGAACGAGACCCUGUGAAUGGGAGGCAGCGCGCCGAGCAAAUAUUGGAAAUGGAACGUCGGCGGAAUGAGGCUCCACAUGCCCAACUGGAUAAGCACUGGAGCGAGAAGAAACUUGAGCAUAUGCGCGAGCGCGACUGGCGCAUUUUCAAGGAGGACUUCGAUAUUGCGACAAAGGGCGGUUCGAUACCCAAUCCAAUGCGCAACUGGGGAGAGUCCGGUCUCCCAGACAACAUCCUUCGGAUCGUUGAUCAAGUGGGUUACAUCGAGCCCUCACCUAUCCAGCGUGCCUCUAUACCUAUCGCCUUGCAAUCACGAGACCUUAUCGGUGUUGCGCAGACGGGUUCCGGUAAAACGGCUGCAUUCAUCCUACCUUUACUGGUUUACAUAUCUCGGCUUCCUCGGCUUAGCGUUGCCAAUAGGAAUGAUGGUCCUUACGCGCUUGUUCUUGCUCCAACUCGCGAAUUGGCACAGCAGAUUGAGGUAGAGGCCAGAAAAUUUGCCGCUCCCUUAGGAUACAAUACUGCGGUCAUCGUGGGUGGACACGCUAUCGAGGAACAAGCGUUCCAGCUUCGCGACGGUGCGGAGAUCAUCAUUGCUACACCCGGUCGUCUCCUCGAUUGUAUAGAACGCCGCGUACUUGUCCUGAGCCAGUGCUGCUACGUCAUCAUGGAUGAAGCUGAUCGCAUGAUUGACAUGGGGUUCGAAGAGCCCGUCCAGAAGAUACUUGACGCUCUCCCCGUCAACAACGAAAAGCCUGAUAACGAGGAUGCGGAGGACUCGCGACUUAUGACAAGAGGCCAAUACCGCCAGACAAUGAUGUACACAGCAACUAUGCCCACAGCCGUCGAACGAAUAGCAAGGAAAUACCUACGGCGACCGGCCAUUAUCACAAUUGGUAAACAGGGCGAGGCUGUCGAGACUGUCGAACAACGUGUCGAAUUGGUACCAGGUGAAGACAAACGCAAGAAGCGUCUGCAGGAGAUCCUUUAUUCGAACGAGUUCGCCCCGCCUAUGAUCGUGUUCGUCAAUAUCAAGCGCAACUGCGACGCCGUGGCGCGCGACAUCCAGAAAAUGGGCUUCAGCUCCGUCACCUUGCACGGCUCCAAGACGCAGGAACAACGUGAAGCCGCCUUACAGUCCCUCCGCGACGGUAGAACCCAGGUGCUCGUCGCCACCGAUCUUGCGGGACGUGGUCUCGAUGUUCCUGACGUUAGCCUGGUGGUCAAUUUCAACAUGGCAAACAAUAUCGAGAGCUACACCCAUCGCAUUGGUCGAACGGGUCGUGCAGGCAAGACUGGUGUCGCGAUUACUUUCUGGGACAAUGGCGACGCAGACGUGCUUUAUGAUCUCAAGCAGAUGCUGUCCAAUAGCACGAAGAGCAAGCUGCCGGAAGAUUUGAAGAAACAUGAGGCUGCGCAGCAGAAGGGUGGCAGGGGGAAGAAGACGGAUGCUGGGAAGGGGAUGCUCGGGUAG